AUGCCGGUGGCUGAGAAGGCCCAGGAACAGCAAGUUGUCGUGAGACCGAGACCACAGGAGAUGGUCCGUUAUGAAACUUUCGGGGAUGAUUACUACGCUAGUAGUUCUAAUCGCGCCGGCGGGUAUAGAAUUCCCAUCAUCGAGAAUGAAUGUUCGACCUACUCGAUGGUCUGCAGCAUGGACCCUACCUGCCAGUGUGGGUCAGGGUAUUAUAAAGCGUACGACAUCCGUGCUAACGAUAGUGAGAGGUGCUACCUCUGUGCGCCUCGGGUUGCCGGGAAACAGAUCCCGAAUGAUGGGGAAGAGCUGCCAGAGUCUUGGGAUUGGCGCAAUGUUGACGGGAAGAACUAUCUCACAUUCACCCGUAAUCAGCACAACCCUGAAUAUUGUGGCAGCUGUUGGGCGUUCGCGGUUACCUCUGCCUUCGCUGAUCGUCUCUCUAUUGGUUCAGCGGCUCGGUGGCCGAAUAAGGCUAUUUCCCCGCAGCAGGUUAUCAAUUGUCGUGGUGGCGGAGACUGCUAUGGUGGUGAGAAGAUAGGAGUAUAUGAUUUCUUCUUCGGCUUCGGAGCGGUGCAUGAUACUUGUCAUAAUUAUGCUGCUAAGAAUUAUAGAGAUUUCAGCGAGUGGUGUCCAGCCGAAGCCAGAUGCUUGGAGUGUGCUGAGGGUGGUGAAUGUCGUCCCACCAAGCACUAUCGAACCUGGUUCGCUAAGGACUACGCACGGCUGUUGAAUGGUACCGAUCAGAUCAAACGAGAGAUCUGGAAGAGAGGUCCUGUUAGCUGUGGAGUGGACGCCACGAAGCAAAUGGACGAUUACACUGGUGGUGUAUUCUAUCAGCACAAGGCGGAACCAAAGAUCAACCACGAGGUUGGUCUCGUCGGAUGGGGUCGUGAAGAGGGAACGAACGACGAGUAUUGGAUUAUGCGGAACUCUUGGGGUACCUUCUGGGGCGAGAACGGUUUCAUGAGGAUCAAGUUUGGGAAUCUAAAAAUUGAUUCCGACUGCAGUUGGGUUGAACCAGGCAGUGACACCGUUGGAAAAGUUGUUCCGAACGCCCCCUUUACCAUCGGAGAUGCUUCAACAGGGUGGACGGCAGCUACGUACUUCGAGGAUGACUACUUGAAGAACGCGCCUGAUUAUCAUCCAGUUCCUGAGAGCCUCGAUGAGUCUGUUGUCAGCGUAUGACCAACCCUUCUAGAAAUACUAUUUCAAAUGCCCUCACUGGGCAACAGUUCUGAACACGUCAUUGAGCAAUAUUAUGUUGCUGAUUGUCUGUAAAUUCUCGAACUUGUCGAUUGUGUCGCGUACGCUGAUGUUGUUCGAUCGGCCGCAAUUCGUCGUCACACGGGAUCGCCAUUUCCGUGAUCUCCGUAAGAGUCUAUUAAUGUCAUAGUAUCAUAAGUAACCCAGUGCCUAGUGCUUGUCGAU